GAGAGAGCCAGAAGAGAGGAGGGCAUUGAGAGGGGAGCAUUAAGUAUCUGAAGCCGCCCGGUCAGCUAUGCUCCUCCGACAGAUCGGUUGAGAGCGGCAUCCCCGUGACCUGCCGCGCUCCGGAGAAGCCCGAUCCGCCGGACAGGAGGGAGGAAAGACACCAUGCAGCCUCCUCCACAAAGGCAGCGCUUCUACUGAGCGGAGCUGGAUUACAGUCACCCUCUCUGUUUGCUCCCCGCUGCCUACCUACCCACAUGAAUUUUGCAAACUGUCAAGAGAACGGAGCACUUCCUACCAAGAGUGCCUACCCCUGAUGAGUAAAUCCGUACCUGCAUAUUAGUCGUCAACCAACUCAGCGACGGUGCCAUGCCUUCGUGUAAGCCAGACAGAGCUUUGGCCCAGUCCAGGCGACCCAUCCUUGGCUACUGCCUUUGUCCUUCUCCCUUGUGUCUGCUGCUGCCUUUGAUUAUCCUCCUUACCAGGCCUUGGAACAGCGUGUGUCAAGCACUAGCUCCACCGAGGUUCACCAAAAUUCCCACAGACCAGAUUGGAGUGUCAGGGGGUGUGGCAUCAUUUGUGUGCCAGGCCACUGGCAACCCCAAGCCAGUCGUCUACUGGAACAAGAAGGGCAAGAAGGUCAACUCCCAGCGUAUCGAGGUGACCAUAGAGUUUGAUGAAGGUGCUGGAGCCGUGCUGAGGAUCCAGCCUCUUAGAGCUCCUCGAGAUGAGAACGUCUACGAGUGUGUGGCACGCAACAACCAGGGAGACAUCGCCAUCACUGCAAAGCUGGCCAUUAUCAGAGAGGACCUGUUGCCGUUUGGCUUCCCCAGCAUAGACAUGGGUCCCCAGUUGAAGGUAGUGGAGCGGACAAAGACAGCCACCAUGCUCUGUGCUGCCAGCGGCAUCCCUGACCCGGAGAUCUCCUGGUUCAAAGAUUUCCUCCCCGUCGACCCCAGCCUCAGCCAGGGUCGCAUCAAACAGCUCCGAUCAGGAGCAUUGCAGAUUGAAAACAGUGAAGAGACGGACCAAGGGAAGUACGAGUGCGUGGCUACUAAUUCCCAAGGCGUACGCUACUCCUCCCCAGCAAACCUUUAUGUGCGAGAGCUUCGAGAAGGAGCUUCAGACACAUUUCGCCGUGUGCCCCCUCGUUUCUCUAUCUUACCCUCCAAUCAUGAGAUCAUGCCCGGGGGGAGUGUCAACAUCACCUGCGUGGCUGUGGGUUCGCCCAUGCCUUACGUCAAGUGGAUGUUGGGCAUUGAGGACCUGACCCCGGAGGAUGAGAUGCCCGUUGGACGGAACGUGCUGGAGCUCAACGGCGUCCGGGAAUCUGCCAACUACACCUGCGUGGCCAUGAGCAGCUUGGGUGUGAUUGAGGCCACUGCUCAGGUCUUAGUCAAGACCUUACCAAAGCCUCCUGGCACACCCAUCGUCACAGAGACCACAGCUACAAGUGUCACCAUCACCUGGGACUCAGGCAAUCCUGACCCAGUCUCCUAUUACAUCAUUCAGUACCGGGCCAAAGGGCCAGACAGCAAGUACGAGACUGUGGACAGCAUAACCACCACCCGCUAUAGCAUUGGCGGGCUCUACCCCAACACUGAGUAUGAAAUACGGGUGUCAGCCUUCAACAGCAUCGGCCAGGGUCCACCUUCCGCACGUGUGGAGGCCCGCACCGGAGAGCAAGCCCCUGCUAGCCCCCCACGUAACGUGCAGGCCCAUGUUAUCUCUGAGAACACUGUGAUGGUGCGCUGGGAGGAUCCAGAGGAGCCCAAUGGACAGGUGAAAGGCUACCGUGUGUACUACACCAUGGACCCAUCCCGACCCAUUAAUGAGUGGCAGAUUCACAAUGUACAGGACAGCUUGAUCACCACCAUUCAGAACCUCAUCACCUCAGAGACCUACACCAUCCAGGUCCUCGCCUUCACCUCCGUAGGAGACGGCCCUUUUUCAGAUCCUGUGCAUGUAAAAGUUUUGCGUGGAGUUCCAGGUCAACCAGUCAAGUUUAAAGUUGGGAAGGUGACAGACACCAGCAUCGAGCUGAUCUGGGAACCUGCAUACACCAAGGAGAAAAUAGUCAACUACGAGCUACUCUACAAACCUGUCAAGUUUGGCAGCUUGGCAAAGUUGACCCUUGAGCCGAGGAACUCUUUCACAGUUGAGGGCCUAAAAGCAAACACUGAGUACUCCUUCUCCUUGGCCGCCAUCUCCAACAAAGGCAUCGGAGCGUUCACCAAUGAAGUUGUGCAGAGGACAUCCCAAGCCAAGCCCUCAGCUGCACCAGAGGGUGUGUCCUGUGAGAGUGUCAGCUCCACCUCGCUGAGAGUGAGCUGGCAGCCACCUCAGUUGGAGGCCCAGAACGGCGAGUUGGCAGGUUAUGAGCUCAAAUACCAGAGAGUUUCUGGGACAGGAGAAGAAGAAGAGGCAGGAGGAGGUGAAAGUCAGGGAUCCGAGGUGGAGAAGUUUCUCAUCGCAGCCCAUCAGAGACAAACUGUGUUGGAAGGGCUGGAGAAGUGGAGCUGGUACAAUAUCACACUGGCAGCCUCCACAGCAGAGGGAAUCGGACCCAGUAGCCCACCCAUACUGUGCAGAACAGAUGAGGACGUGCCCGGUGCUGCCCCUCGUCAGGUGGACGUUCAGCCACUCAACUCCUCAGCUCUCCGUGUAAUGUGGCGCUCUGUGUUGCCACGGUUACGGCAAGGCCAGAUCCGAGGGUACCAGGUGCACUUUAACCGUGUGGAGAGCGGUGAAUCACGCACCCUGCCCCGAAUCAAAGACCUUCUCCUGGAUGAAUCCCAGAUGGAGGAGGAUGAUUCGACUCAGUAUGUGAGUGCAGACUGCCGGUCGUUUUCCCACAAGGAAAUAAUAAAUGACCUCACAAGCAAUCCAUACAGCAGAAUGAAUCCGGAGCUGGUUUUAGGAGGUUUAAAACCAGAGACAUUGUACUCUGUCUCAGUGGCUGCAUACACCACUAAAGGGGAUGGAGCGCAUAGUAAAGCUAAGCUGGUGCAGACCACAGGGAUUGUGCCUGGCUCUCCAUCCCUUUGGGUGCGUCCAGGAUCGGGCUCGUCUGCGGUGGUGAGGUGGGCUCCUCCGCUUGACUGCUCCGAGACAGGUUCUGAUGACCGGGCAGUGCCAGUAGAAAUCCAAGGCUACCGCCUACAGUUUGGGCGGAAGAACACUUCUUUAAACAGCACUGUGGAUUUCCCACCACGCGAGAGAAACUUCACUGUCAGAAACCUCUCCCCUGGGUCCUCCUACCUCUUUGUCCUCUCUGCAAAGAGCCAAGCGGGCUAUGGAAAUGCGGCACAGCAGGAAAUAACUGUUCCCAUUUGUCCACCUUCGGAAUACCCCAAAAUAAUUGAUUUCGUCAACGCUAGCUGCUGCUCCCUUCAGUUCUCAUGGCUGCCCCCCACCCCAGACGAGUGCAGCGGCGAUGUUACAGAGUACACUAUAGCCUACAAACAGGCUUCUGACCAGGGCUCCUCUGCCUCACCGGCUUCCUCCGUUCCCCCUUGGCUCAUCACGCUUCCUGCAAGCGAGUCCAGCUACACCAUCUUGGGUCUGAAUCACAGUACAGCCUAUGAGGUGAAGCUCAGAGCCCACAACCAGGCAGGGCCAGGCCCUUUCAGUCCCGCUGAGCUGUACCUCACCCUGGCCUUUGAAACAGAUGUGCCGAGAAAUUUUUCCGUCAAUCUGGCCACUAAGACGAGCGUUCUUCUCACCUGGGACUUUCCAGAGACAAGCAACCCUUAUCCCUUCAUUGUGGAGUAUAACCGUCAUAAGAUGGACCUGGACGCGCGUCUUAAAAAGGCAGUCAUCACAAAUCUUAAUCCCGACACCAGCUACGACUUUAAAAUCACUGCUGCAGAGGGCAACAUGGGAGGCCUUCGCCACCGCAUCACAGCCAAAACAUCCCCACCAAUCACCAUCCGUCGCCCUGAGAUCGACCCGAGCCGCCGUGAAACAGAGGCCACCGUCACCAUAAUCCUGCCGUUGCUGGAAACUCGUACGCCUGUCAAGAACAUUUAUGUUGUCGUGGUUCCCCUGCGUAGAGCUCGUGGCGUCAUCAAACAACCGAAAAGUCCAGAUGAAAUGGACCUAGAGGAGCUCUUAAAAGACAUCAGUCAAAGGCAACGAGAUUCUCGGCAGCAGAAGCAGGUGGAUUUGAGGCGGGCUUACAUCACAGCCCGUUUUACACCUGCAACUCUACCCGCCUUCUUCUCUUUGGGGGACCAGCUGGACUAUGGAGGCUAUGAGAACCGAGCUCUAGAAGCGGGCCAGGAGUACGUGUUUUUCAUCCUGGUGGAGCUCAACUCUACAUCAGGGAGGAUGUACGUGGCCAGCCAAUACACUGAGAAGGUGAUCGCCCCGCAUUCAGACCCUCAGCCCUUUGACGCCGGUGAUGGUCUGAUCUGGGUUGUCGGACCCGUCCUGGCUGUCGUCUUCAUCAUCUGCAUUGUUAUUGCUAUCCUCCUGUACAAAAACAAACCUGACAGCAAACGCAAAGACUCUGAACCAGGAACCAAAAGCCUCUUGAGCAAUGCAGAGAUGAUGGCCCAUCACCCGACAGACCCCGUAGAGAUGAGACGCAUCAAUUUUCAGACUCCCGGAAUGAUGAGCCACCCCCCCAUCCCCAUCAGCGAGCUGGCUGAGCACAUCGAGCUGCUGAAAGCUAAUGACAACCUGAGACUCUCCCAAGAGUAUGAGUCGAUCGACCCCAGCCAGCAGUUCACCUGGGAGCACUCCAACCUGGAGGUGAACAAGCCCAAAAACCGCUAUGCCAACGUCAUCGCGUACGACCAUACACGAGUCAUCCUGGCUCCCGUAGAUGGUAUCCUGGGAAGUGACUACAUCAAUGCUAACUACAUUGACGGGUAUAGGAAACAGAACGCCUACAUUGCCACCCAGGGACCCCUGGCAGAGACAUUCGGGGACUUCUGGAGGAUGGUGUGGGAACAGAGGACCGCCUCUGUCGUCAUGAUGACGCGCCUUGAGGAGAAAUCUAGGAUAAAGUGUGAUCAGUACUGGCCGAGUCGCGGCACAGAGACAUACGGGAUGACCCAGGUCACAUUGCUGGACACAAUGGAGCUCGCUACUUUCUGCGUCCGCACAUUUUCUCUGCAUAAGAAUGGCAGCAGUGAAAGGAGGGAGGUGCGUCAGUUCCAGUUCACUGCUUGGCCCGAUCAUGGUGUGCCUGAGUAUCCCACCCCCUUCCUGAACUUCCUUCGCAGAGUCAAGGCCUGCAACCCUCCUGAUGCUGGACCCAUCAUUGUCCACUGCAGUGCCGGUGUGGGUCGCACUGGCUGUUUCAUAGUCAUCGACGCUAUGCUGGAACGCAUUCGACACGAGCGCACUGUGGACAUCUACGGCCAUGUGACUCUCAUGCGCUCACAGAGAAACUACAUGGUACAAACGGAGGACCAGUACAGCUUCAUCCAUGAGUCCCUGUUGGAGGCGGUGGCCUGUGGGAACACUGAGGUGGCCGCCCGCAGCCUCUAUUCAUACAUGCAGAAGCUGUCCAAGGUGGAGCCUGGAGAGCAUGUCACCGGCAUGGAGCUGGAGUUUAAGCGCCUGGCUAACACCAAAGCCCACACAUCACGGUUUGUCACAGCAAACCUCCCUUGCAACAAAUUCAAGAACCGACUGGUGAACAUCAUGCCCUACGAAACCACUCGCGUUUGCCUGCAGCCCAUCCGAGGUCUGGAGGGCUCCGACUACAUCAAUGCCAGUUACAUAGAUGGAUACAGGCAGCAAAGAGGCUACAUCGCCACCCAGGGUCCACUGGCUGAGACUACGGAAGACUUCUGGAGGAUGCUGUGGGAGCACAACUCGACCAUCGUGGUCAUGCUGACAAAGCUGAGAGAAAUGGGACGGGAGAAGUGUCACCAGUACUGGCCUGCCGAGCGCUCUGCCAGGUACCAGUACUUUGUAGUGGACCCGAUGGCGGAGUACAACAUGCCUCAGUACAUCCUGCGGGAGUUCAAAGUGACGGACGCCAGGGACGGCCAGUCCAGAACAGUACGUCAGUUCCAGUUCACCGAUUGGCCAGAACAAGGCGUGCCCAAAUCUGGGGAGGGCUUCAUCGACUUCAUUGGCCAAGUGCAUAAAACCAAGGAGCAGUUCGGCCAGGAUGGACCGAUCACCGUUCACUGCAGUGCUGGUGUGGGGCGGACAGGCGUCUUCAUCACUCUUAGCAUUGUACUGGAGCGGAUGCGUUAUGAGGGAGCCGUGGACAUCUUCCAAACUGUCAAAAUGCUGCGGACACAGAGACCAGCUAUGGUGCAGACUGAGGAUGAGUACCAGUUCUGCUAUCAGGCUGCUCUUGAGUACCUGGGUAGCUUCGACCACUAUGCAACAUAAAAGAAAUCAACACAUCCUACUUUCUGCUUUGACGUCAACCUAACAGCAAACAAAUUGAAGGAGGGAGAAACAGAGAGAGAGGUGGUCAGAAACAAUACUCAACUUUUCUUGGAGGCAACAUUUAAAGAUUUAAGGACCAAUUCUUCACCAACUACUGACAAAAGCAACAACAGUUCCUUAACAGCAGCCAAGCUCACCAGUGCAUUCCCUGCUGGGCGCGGAGACUAUCCAUGUGUAAUCCAUAUACUUACCUCAGUGUUCCAGUGUGAAGGACGUAUAAAUACAUGUGUGUUGUGGUCAGCUAUCUCAAGUAUGAACCAGUGAAAUACAAAAAGGUUUCUGAACAGGAGCUACGCUACUCUAUGUGUGUAAAAUACAUAAAAGAUUUAAGUGAAAACCAUAAAAAACACAAAGAGCCUGGAUAUUUGCUGCACCCGAAAUGGGCUUUUUAUCCUCAACUUUAUAUCGAUUAGUUUGAUGUACUAAAAGGAGUUACAAGGUGAACGUUUCUUUGUGUCUAUGAGUCUACUUCAAAGACGUCUACUGACCCGCUAGCCCUGAGGACCCAGGUGGACGCUCUUCACCAGAUGCACAGUGCCAAGACUAAACCACGCCGCUCGAGCAACAACUGGGGCCUAUAAGGAGGCAUGACUCCAGUUUGUUUUCCAGCACGACAGACCAGUACGAGAAAAGUCCCUCCCCAGGUUUACAAUACCUUGAGUCACAGCUGACCUUGGAGCCACAUUGAUUGGCCGCCACAUCCGGAAGCUCACAGGGAUCUGCUGCAUUCUUCAUCGACAAAAAAAGUCCUGCUUGCUGUUUGCUAUCGUCCUUGUUCAUCACCUCUCCUGGUUCCUCUUGAAUGUCUCCCCACUUGUUCAGGAGUUGCUUAUUGAAGGCAACGCUAACAGAAGAACUGAGCUCUAUAUGUUUCCGUUUGUUUCUUUUCUUUGUUCUCAUAUCUGCAGGUAUUUGUUUUGGUGUUUUCCUUUGCCUUAUGCAGACUCAAGUUUCCUCUCUUCAACAUGCUGCUUGAUGCUCAUUCUUUGUUUACAAAGCGUUGCGUUGCAAAACAUAACAUCUUAAAGAUAAGGAUGGACAUUGUGUCAUUAUCAUCUUCCUACACUGACAGUUUCCUACUUGAAUUGCAGUGAAAUCCGUCUUAUAUUUUACCUGUUAAGUUUACUGCUAAUGGAGUAAUGAAGAAAAUCCUAAAAAUCAGAAAGCUUGAGGUAGAGAGCCUUGCUAAAGUAUUUAAAUAUGUAUAUUCAUUUGAACUGGUUUGCCUUUUGUCAUGCUUCAACCAUUCACAUUUUUGGAAUUUAUUGCACAUUUGUACAAUGGAACAGCAUAAAUCAAGAUAAUAUAUAUGAAUAUGUGAAUACAUUUAUAAUUGAUGGGAGCUAAAUAUAACUUUAUGACCCAGUUUUCAGGUAAAAAAAAAAAAUCCUGAAACUUGAGCUUCAUUUUCAUUUGAUUUUUUACCACUACUGCACCUGUUGUUGGUUCUUCCUCUUAAAAUACAUCAAAGGUUGUGAUUGCAGGAAGACAAAAUGUGGAUAAAAUACUUUAGCAAGGGGCUGUACAUUUCCAAUCCUUCAUAGAAAGCCUUUUAUAUCAUUUGUUUCAUUUAUCCAUCUGUAGAAAAGCUAAAAACUUCACCUGUGGGUGUAAACUGCUCCGACUCGCGUGAAAAUGUUAGUGUGCGUCUUUUACAUAAUUUGAACCGUAUUCAAGCUCGACCCGAUUCAGUGCUGAAAGAGCAUAUUAAAGUCUCGGUGGGAGACAUAUGGGCCAGUUCCACCACUUUUGUACAUACAGCCUGCCACUAGAGUCCCACACUGUACCGUUCCUUACAUCCUAGCACAGCGUAUAUAAAGUGGGACCGGAUAUGAUGUACUUAGCGUCUUUAAUAAUAAGCCUUAUUGUUCUCGCUCAAUUUGUCGUAUUUAUUUCAUAUGUUUUUCAAAAUAUAUAUAUUAAUUCUAUUUUGUUAUUUUGUUGGGUUUUUUUAAUUAAAAUGUUUGUUUUUUGGCAAGUCAAUGUUAAAGUAUAAAGUUGCUUUUUUUCUUUGUUUUUCAAUUUUUUUAUGCUUUUUUUAAUUAUAUGCUUUGUAUUGAGGACGUAUGCCCUCAGUGUUGGGUACUAUUUGAUACUAACUACUGAUGUCUGAUUAGUCAUAGAGAUGUACAAUAGAGGCAGAGCUAUUUACGGUUUACAGUGAUGCCCCUUAUGACCCCCCAUCUCCCAAAGUCCAGCUAUACAUAGCUCCCGCAGCGGUGCGUUCAGGGCAUCGCAAAAAUCCGACAUUUAGAGCAGACGUGAUAUGCUGUUGGUGUUUAGUUUGCUUGAAAGCACACAGUAGCAGGUGUAUUUAUGACAGGGAGGGGAUAUGAAUCGUCUAGCUACACAUUUUACACCAACAAACCCUCAGAGGUUAUUGUUUAAAUCUAAACUUAUUCUCAUAUGAACUCUUAUGUGUGGUCCUGGAGUCUUGACAAUGUUUGAACAUAUAUAAAAAUAUGUUACUCCUUCAAUUUCUAAUGAUUAUUGUGUCAAGAGAAAUAUAUAAAACAGGCACACGUGAAAUGUAUAAUGAACGUGUGGUGGGCCAGCUCUGAUGAUGCCAUACCCCUCACUUAUGUACUUGUACUUUCCUUUCAAACCAUAGAUGUAGAUAUUGUAUCUUGAAUUUGUAUUAAAAGCAGAUGGUUGGAUAUACGGCA